AUGACGAAGGACCUUCGCCAGCCCGAAAUAUUAUCAACAGCACGAUCGACCCUGAGAUCAAGAAACUACCAGGAAGCAAGGCAGGCUCUUGAAGUCAUAAAUGAAGAUGCGAAUAACCUUGCACCAGAGGAACGUGAGAUUAGGGCCGAGGAAGCACUGUUCAAGAAGACAUUUAAUGCGCUUGAAGCCCUGUGCCAAGAGAAGGAUGAAAAGUACCAAUGGGCUCUUGCCGAGUUCGAAGAAGUUGACCAAAUAUUUGUUGCGACAAAGGCUGACGCGAAGAAUAAACGUGAUAUCAGUCUAGAGCUUGUUCGGAGUAUGUGCCAUGAAUUCCAGCAACAGUUCGCCAAGAUGGAAAUGGAUGGUUCGGUUCACGACUGGAGCGUGAAUGACCUGGGGACGUAA